AUUCAUAGAAAAGAGAUUUAAUUAAUAUACAUGAAAGACAACCUUAAAACGGAAAGGAAAAUGGAAAACAUUUUACAAGUCGAUCCAAAAAUAAGGAGGAUACCGUAGAAAUGGAGAAACAAGCGAUUACAGCCGCAUCCGAAGAGGUUUCCCACGAGUUCAAAACCCUAAUUCAUCAACAGGAUUUGGAUUCUUUGAAGCAAUUACAGCACAUUAUAUUGGGGCGUCUGCAGGACAGUAAUGCAGUUCUUUCUCAUUUUAAUGACUAUUCAGAGAAUUGUUUUGCUGAGGUGUCCAGUGAUCUUUCUAAAAACACACGCCUCUUAAAGUCCAUGAAAUCGGACCUUGAUUAUAUAUUUCUAAAGCUCAGGAGUCUAAAAGCAAAGAUCAAAGCUACAUAUCCUGAUGCUUUCCCAGAUGACUCAACAAUUGAAGCUCUUGAUAGAAGGCCAGAUCUAGAAAUUGCUCAGUAAUGAAACUGCAUCUACCUUCAUUCUUCUAAUUGACAAAAAGUUGACUUUCUUUUGACUUUUCCUAAUACGGAAGAGGCUCUGUUUUGCCAAAGUAUGUAAAGAUAAGAUAUCAUAGAAACGAUAUAACAUUUGACAAUUACAUUCGGACAUGUGUACUUUUUUGUUUUACAUUGUGAAACAACACAUAAUUGGUUUGGUUUG